AGGGUUAAAAAAGAAAAAAAAGGGAGAGGAAGCAAUUGAUGCCGGCGAUGAUGAGAGAAGACAGAGCGGGGGAGACGAGCGAGAGCGCGCAGGCGCAUACUCAUUUUCUCUCUCUGCUCUUUCUCUCUUUAUCUCAAAGGGGGCGGGGAAGGAAGGGGUGAGAUGAGAGGAGAAGGAAAGAAAAAACUAAAGAGGAAAGAGAACUUGGGAAGUGCGAGGAAGAGGAGAGAGCGAAGGGGACAUGCGUCCUGGUCGUGCCACGUGGCGAGAUGCCAGUGGUUAGGUGCCUCUCUCUCUCUCUCUCUCCUGCUCCCACGCCAACACAUAUACAGGAACGCACACCCUUCCCCUGCCAUGUCAGUAGUAACCCCGUCCUAUGACCCCGGCGAAUCCGUAUCGUAUGCCCCUCUCUCUCUCUCUCUCUCUCUCUUCCCAAGUCUCUUUCUCUCUCUAUAACUCUCUAUUUAUUCAUUUGUCUGCCCCUUUCUCUCUCUUUUCAUUAUUCUCGCCUGCAAGCCUCCAUGCCCUAAUCUAUCCUCUCUGGCACACACUCUCUCUAUACCGUCAUCGGAUAACCUCUUUGCCUUGAUUCACUCUCCUUUUUGUGUUGUUUUAUUUGUGAAUAAGAUUGAGGCUAAAUUGCUGUCCUGAGGAUUUGAUAUCUGGACUUGGUCUUUGGCUGAUGACAUGCUUCCUGUUGCUGUCAGUCAUAAAUGCAGGGAACAGGAUCUGAAGAUGAAGGACAAUGGUUCCGCCAGUAGUAAAAUGAUUAACAGAAACUGGGUCCUGAAGCGCAAGCGAAGAAAGCUUCCUUCUGGUUCUGGGCCAGACCUAUCGAAUGGCAAAGAAGAAAAUUCCUCAAUCUUAGAAUCUCCAAGGAGUUCUUCUUCAGCUAAACGGAAGCUGAAAACUGAAUUAAGUUCUGAUAGAUCUUCAAGCAAGAAAAAAGGAAUUGAUGGGUAUUAUUACGAAUGCGUUGUUUGUGAUGUUGGUGGCAACUUGCUUUGUUGUGAUAGCUGUCCCCGAACAUAUCAUCUCCAAUGCCUUGAUCCCCCACUUAAGCGCAUUCCAAUGGGGAAAUGGCAAUGCCCAAACUGCUGUCAGAAAAGUGAUCCACUGGAGCCGGUAAGCCAUCUGGAUACUAUUUCAAAACGUGCAAGGACAAAGAAUUUCACUCCAAAACCUAAAGCUGGAAUCAAGUCAACUGAUGCUGACAAAGUUUCCCAAAUUUUCGGAAACUCCACUCUUGGAAAGAAAAGAUCUUCUAGCAAAGGAAAAUCUGUUUUAUUUCGUGGAAUCCAAUCCAUUGAAAAAAAAACAGAUUCCACGCAAAGAGACGUGCCUUGCAGUGCCAAGCCAGGCCAUCUGGCUCUUGGUGGUUCUGUAGAGGGCAGUUCAUCGUGUGCGAAAUUGGAUGUUGAGAAGAAAUCCAACUCAUCUCUGACAGAGGCAUCUGCAGACAGAAAAUCAGUUCUUCCUGCUAAGGAAUUCUUGUCUAGGAUUACAGAUUUGGAGUCAUAUGAUGAAGCUUCUGAGCAGAAGCCUGACUUGUCUUGUAAUGAUGGAUCUCCAGGAAGAAGACUUGGUCCUGCAUUGAAUUCUAUUACUCAGAAGGCCAGAAAGAGAAAGGGCAAAGCUAAUAAUGAUGUUAGACCAAAAAAGUCUAGGACUGAAAAGGGAAAAUCUGUUGUUAAUACUUCUCGAAAACGUGGAUCGAAAGCAAAUUCUGCAUGCCUAGGGACUAGUAAACCGCAUCGGAAGGGUAACAGUAAUGACCAUGAAAUUUCUGCACCACCAUUGUUGAAGGAGGAUGGGGGAACCAAGAGUUCAGAUGUCCAUAAAAAAAAUGAGAAGCUUCCUGAGGAACCAGCACGCCCAUCACAUGAGUUUGGUAAACUGGGAGGUAAUGCGGAUGAGACGGUACAAUGGCAAGAUAAUGUUACUAGUGAACUUCAUCAGGUUGAUCGGGUAUUGGGUUGUCGAGUGCGAGGUGAUAGCAUGAAUUCUCAGCACAUUUCUGUGACAACUGCAAGUAACAUUCCCACUGGAGAUUUAAUUAUUCCAGAAAAUCAAAACCGACUGUCAGUGGAAAACAGCGGCUGCAAUAGAGACUUGGAUGGAGAAGCUCCUGAAAAUCUUACUGAGGGCUGUCAGAAUAUUAUUAACUGUUUUGGUAAAGAAAAAGGAGUUGCAGAUGAUAACGGAGUUGAUAAAAUAUAUGUAUAUAGAAGGUCAGGGACCAAAGACUGUCGAGAAGGGAAUGCCAUACAUUCACCGAGGGGGGCCUUGAAGGGUUCCUUAAAUGUUAAAUAUCAUGAUGAAUCUGUUGUAACAGUAGAAGAUUCGGGAAAAACAACUGAAAAGCGGGCAAGGCAAGAAAAUGCCGAUGUUAGUUUGAGAACUCAUGGUAACAAUGGAGUUUCUGAAAUUUGUGAAACACUGAUUUCACAUGUAACAAAUGAUGUGAAAGAAACAGACAGAGAAGUGAGAAUUAGGAGCUCUGCUGAAACACUGAUUUCACAUGCAAAGAAUGAUGUGAAAGAAACAGAUAGAGAAGCAAAAAUUAGUGUUGAAAAGGAAAUUCAUGAUCCCUCUUUGAUUGGAUCUGCUUUCGCUGAUAAAAAAGUAAUUUCAUAUGAAUUUUUAGUUAAAUGGGUGGGGAAGUCUCAUAUUCAUAACAGUUGGAUUCCCGAGUCCCAGCUGAAAGUCCUGGCAAAGAGAAAAUUAGAAAAUUACAAGGCAAAGUAUGGGAUGGCAGUGAUAAAUAUUUGUGAAGAAAGGUGGAUGCAGCCUCAGCGAGUGAUUGCUCUCCGUGCUUCCAAAGUUGGUGCAACUGAAGCUUUCAUAAAAUGGACUGGUCUCCCUUAUGAUGAAUGCACUUGGGAAAGAUUAGAUGAACCUGUGAUUGAGGAGUCUUUGCAUCUGAUGGAUCUGUUUAAUCAGUUUGAGCAGCAGACAUGGGAGAAAGAUGCUUCCAAGGAUAGCUCGCAAAGGGAGAAUGAUGAUUGUCAGCAGAGUGAUAUAGUUACUCUCACAGAGCAACCUAAGGAAAUGAGAGGAGGUUCAUUGUUUCCUCAUCAGCUGGAAGCACUGAAUUGGUUGCGUAAAUGCUGGCACAAAUCUAAGAAUGUGAUACUUGCUGAUGAGAUGGGACUUGGAAAAACAGUAUCUGCUUGUGCUUUUAUUUCAUCAUUAUAUUUUGAGUUCAAAGCUACACUUCCUUGUUUAGUGUUGGUUCCUCUUUCCACAAUGCCUAACUGGCUUUCUGAAUUUGCAUUAUGGGCUCCAAACUUGAAUGUUGUGGAGUAUCAUGGCUGUGCCAAAGCAAGAGCCAUAAUUCGUCAAUAUGAAUGGCAUGCUAGUGAGCCAACUAGGUCAAAUAAGAAAACAGCUUCCUUUAAAUUUAAUGUUCUUUUAACUACUUUUGAGAUGGUUCUUGCUGAUUCAUCUCAUCUGCGUGGAGUUCCUUGGGAGGUUCUGGUGGUUGACGAGGGGCACCGUCUGAAAAAUUCUGGGAGUAAGCUUUUCAGCUUGCUCAAUACUUUUUCUUUCCAACACCGUGUACUUUUGACUGGUACCCCUCUUCAGAACAACAUAGGGGAGAUGUACAACCUGCUAAAUUUCUUGCAGCCAGCGUCAUUUCCUUCUCUAUCUUCAUUUGAGGAGAAGUUUAAUGACCUUACAACUGCUGAAAAAGUGGAGGAGCUGAAGAAACUUGUUGCUCCACACAUGCUACGUAGGCUUAAAAAGGAUGCCAUGCAAAAUAUUCCUCCCAAGACUGAGAGAAUGGUUCCUGUUGAGUUGUCUUCCAUCCAAGCUGAAUACUACCGUGCAAUGCUAACAAAGAAUUAUCAGGUUCUACGGAAUAUCGGAAAAGGGGUUGCUCAGCAGUCAAUGCUUAACAUUGUGAUGCAGUUGAGAAAAGUUUGCAAUCAUCCAUAUCUUAUACCUGGUACUGAGCCUGAUUCUGGGUCAGUUGAGUUCCUUCAUGAAAUGCGAAUAAAAGCUUCAGCCAAGCUGACUUUGCUGCAUUCAAUGCUUAAGGUUCUUCAUAAAGAAGGCCAUAGAGUCCUUAUAUUUUCUCAGAUGACAAAGCUUCUUGAUAUCCUUGAGGAUUAUUUGACCUUUGAAUUUGGGCCAAAAACUUAUGAGAGAGUGGAUGGUUCUGUUUCAGUGGCUGAUCGCCAAGCAGCAAUAGCACGUUUUAAUCAAGAUAAAAGCCGAUUUGUCUUCUUGUUGUCGACACGUUCGUGUGGCCUUGGAAUCAAUUUGGCGACUGCUGAUACUGUUAUCAUCUAUGAUUCCGAUUUCAAUCCACAUGCUGAUAUUCAAGCAAUGAAUCGGGCACAUCGAAUUGGACAAUCAAAUAGACUUCUGGUAUAUAGGCUUGUUGUUCGGGCUAGUGUUGAAGAGCGUAUCUUGCAGCUUGCAAAGAAGAAGCUGAUGCUGGAUCAGCUUUUUGUGAACAAGUCUGGAUCUCAAAAGGAAGUGGAAGACAUCCUACGAUGGGGGACAGAAGAACUUUUUAAUGAUUCUUCUAGCACAAAUGGGAAAGAUGCAGGUGAGAAUUGUGUCAACAAGGAAGAUACAACAGCAGAUGUGGAACAUAAGCAUAAGAGAAAAACUGGUGGUCUUGGUGAUGUAUACCAGGAUAAAUGUACAGAUGGCAGCACAAAGAUUGUUUGGGAUGAAAGUGCUAUUUUAAAAUUGCUUGACCGGUCGAAUCUCCAGUCUGGGUCGCUUGAAAUAGCUGAAGGGGAUUCGGAGAAUGAUAUGCUUGGUUCCGUGAAGCAGUCUCUAGAGUGGAAUGAUGAGCCAACAGAAGAACAAGCAGGAACUGAAUCCCCUCCUGUUCUGACUGAUGAUAUAACUGCACAAAACUCUGAAAGGAAGGAGGAUAAUUUAGUAACUGGUGCUGAAGAAAAUGAAUGGGACAGGCUUUUGCGUGUGAGAUGGGAGAAGUAUCAAAGUGAGGAGGAAGCAGCUCUUGGCCGAGGGAAGCGUCUGAGAAAAGCUGUUUCUUAUAGGGAAGCUUAUGCUCUGCACCCCAGUGAAACUUUGAGUGAGAGUGGUGGAGAAGAGGAACCAGAGCCUGAACAAGAGCCUGAGCGGGAAUAUACAGCAGCAGGGCGAGCUUUGAAGGCAAAAUUUGCAAAACUCCGUGCCAGACAAAAGCAACGGCUUGCCCAGAGAAAUACAAUUGAAGUAUCUCAUCCUAUGGAGGGACUAGCUGGACCAGAGUCACUUUCUCAAUUCCCUUCAGCUAAUGCCAAUGACGGUGACCAAGGGAUUAGACCAGUUCAAUCUGUCAGAGAGAAGGUUUUGGUGAUUGACUUGGAGGGUACCAAAUCUAUUCAGCCCAUGGAUGCCCCAAAGAAUAAGACUGACUCAGCCUUACGGCUGAGCAGGUUAUCAAAGCAUAAAUUGAGUGAUCGGCUUGAUCUUUCCGUUAAACCUCUUGGUCACUCCCCUGACAAUUUUCUUAGUCAAGAUUGCCCUGGCCCAAGCUUUACGAAUUCAUUACCUGCCAACAAUUUGUUGCCAGUCCUUGGACUAUGUGCUCCAAAUGCAAAUCAACCUGAGUCAUCUCAGAGGAACCUUUCAAAAUUACACAGCAGACAGCAUAAGGUGGGAAGUGGACCAGAAUUUCCAUUCCGUCUUGCUCCUUCCUUUGGGAUAUCAGCUGAGAUGGAUAUGAAAGGUCAGGAGCCUGCCUCGGACAAAGUGCAACUGCCAGCUGCGUCGGAAAUUUUGCAACAGCGGCUGAAGAAUAGCAUUCCAGAUAAUUGCUUUCCAUUUAAUCUGUAUCCUCCAGCUGUCCCACAAGGGAGAGGUUGUGAUCAGUUAGAAAGUUCAGGUCCUAAUUACUCUGAUUUUCAAGGAAAGAUUGGACUGCCUGAGUUGCCUUUUGAUGGACGAUUGCUGCCUAGAAUCCCCCUUCCUGCCAAAAACAUGUCUAAUCCACUUCCUGACUUCUUACCCAGCCUGUCAUUAGGGACCAGAGUUGAAGCUGCAAAUGAGUCUAUGCAAGACCUUUCCACUAUGCCGUUGUUCCCAAAUUUGAAAUUCCUCCCACAAGAUGCACUUAGACAUAAUCAGCAAGAUCGGGAGGUGCCUCCCAUGUUAGGUUUGGGUCAAAUGCCAGCUACGGGUUCGUCAUUACCUGAUAACCAUCGGAAGGUUCUUGAGAACAUAAUGAUGAGGACUGGGUCUGGAUCAAGCAGCUUCUUCAAACAGAAAUCAAAAGUAGAUGGCUGGUCUGAAGAUGAACUUGAUUUCCUUUGGAUUGGUGUACGCAGACAUGGACAGGGCAAUUGGGAUGCCAUGCUGAGAGACCCCAGGUUAAAAUUCUCUAAUCACAAAACUGCAGAAGAUUUGGCAGCGAGGUGGGAGGAGGAACAACUCAAGAUCCUGGAUGGGUCAGUUUUUCCCAUGCUGAAGUCAAGCAAGCAUGCGAAAUCUACCAAAUCUUCCUUAUUUCCUGGAAUCUCUGAUGGAAUGAUGAUGCGGGCAUUACAUGGAAGUAGACUUACUGCACCUUUCAAAUUUCAAAGCCAUCUGACAGACAUGAAACUUGGUUUUAGUGAUCUGCCAUCCAACCUGCCCCAUUUUGAACCAUCUGAUCCACUUGGUUUGCAUAAUGAGUAUUUUGCACCCAUUCCAACCUGGAAUGCUGAUAAGUUUCGGCCAAAAUUUUCUGGAGAUUUGUCUGCUGGACCCUCUGAUAGACCAGGAGCUUCCUCAAAUGUACAUAAUGAGCAGCCGCUUCUCAUCAAUUCCUUGGGAUCUAGUACCCUGGGUUCUCUGGGCUUGAACUGCUCAAGCAGCUUUGAUUUACAGCCAAAAGAGGAUUCACAUGCUGCAAAAAAGUAUGGAAAGUUGCCCAGUCUCAUGGACAGACCGCUCAAUAUUUUCUGUGAUUCUCAUAAUAAUGUUGGUAGUGGUGAAGGUACGAACUCUGGAUUGCUUCCUGAGCCUCGUGAAGGGCUGAAUUUAUCCCAUUUGAAGGGGAAAGAGGAUGCUUCUGGAACUGCUUCAAAGAACAAGCUACCUCAUUGGCUUCGGGAAGCUGUUAGUGCCCCUGCAAGGCCCCCAGAUCCUGACUUGCCACCCACAGUCUCAGCAAUAGCUCAAUCAGUUCGCUUGCUGUAUGGGGAAGAGCAGCCAACGAUUCCCCCAUUUGAGGUCCCAGGUCCGCCUCCUUCCCGACCAAAGGAUCCGCGAAGAAGUUUGAAGAAACGGCGGUCACAUAUGCUCACGCAAGCUCCCCAAGACACUGCUGGAGGCAGCCAUAAUUUUCAAAACAGUCUCCAUAGUGACAAUGUUGCUUCUGGCUCCGUUCUGUUAGCCCCACCAUUUCCAAUGGUUCCGCAAUCAAGUGGAACUUCAGGACUUCCUUGGACAGAAUCUGACCUCAACUUGCCUCCCCUCAAUCUAAACAUGAUGAAUCCAUCAAUUCCAUCAUCCUCAUCUGUGUAUCUGAGCUCCCAGAAGAAAGGAAGCGCUGGAUUGUCCCCAUCUCCUGAAGUGCUUCAGUUGGUAGCAUCCUGUGUUGCUCCUGGCCCACAUCUGUUACCGGAGAGUCCCAGCUUUCUUGAGAGCAAGAUGCCCUUGCCAAAAUCUGUAGACGGAGGGCUUUUGGAUCCAAAAGGUGCGUGUGGAAAACAGAAGUCUAAGCAGAGCUCGCCUCUUGGUGCAUGGGGUCCAACCCCCACAGGUAGACCAGAACAGACUGAAAGUAGGGAUUCCAGCAAGACUCAAUCUGACCCUUCUCGGACUGAGCGACCUGAUGUGGAGCUUAUUUCUUCAGAAGGCACUUUGUCUGAUCAUCCUGUGAGUGACAACGAACUGUAGACCACAGAAAUGUGAGUGAAAAGUGGGAGGUUUAUGGCCAUACCUUACAAUGCUAGUGAAAUUUCAGGCAUUUCUGCCUCUGUGCUCGAAAUUUUGUAGGCUUGAUCCAGUCGGUGAUAAACUAGCGAACAUAGGAUCGUGUAGGACUUUUCCUGUGUAAAGUUCUGUAAGAGUAAAGAAAAUAUACAAUUGUGUCUGUUUGGUUUUUGUUUCUUCCAUCAUCUCACCCAAAUAAUGAGCCUUGCCUUUUCAACUCCCUUUAUACAUGAGCCACUUGAGGGUCACCUCACUGUAAGCCAAAGUGCAACUGUAUGCGGCAGGCCCUAAGAGGGGAGAGAGAAAAAAUGUAAUGUAGGCUGAUGUUACAUGAAGAGUGUCAUGCUAUUGCUCUUGCACGGUGUUGAAGCAGAGCUUGGUCUGAACUCUGAAGCGACCACAGCCUACAGCGAAAGAGGAGAUUAAAACGAGCGGCGUCUGGUUACCAAUAUCUGUUGUAAAUUUCUCUCUGGAUAUUCUUUGUUUGUACAGAGCCAGUUGGAAUCGGGAAUUUGAGCUAUUGUAGAAUUCAAGGAUAAUUUUACUGGCAAUUUAGAUGAGGUUCUUUCCAGCGGGAUAAGGGUAUUAACAGAUGGAAUCAGAAUAAGCAGUUUGAGCGCUGGUAUUUGAAUUUUAGGUCCAUUUCAAUAAAUGAUUUGGUGGAUAA